CUCGAGCUUCAUUCGUUGAUGAAGUUGAAGAGCGACGCUUCCCCUUGUCAUCUCUGCAGCCCAGUUUUCUCAAUUUUCUAUAGACAACCAGUGUGAUAACGUCUUUGUGGUGUUCAGUCUUCCUCGAGGGUGGACUAGAGUGAAGGUGAUCUUUUCCUGCGUCGUCUUUUGUUGCGCUUUUAAGAUGAGUGAAUGUGAAGCUUGUCAACCGAUUUUUGGAGUGAACAACUUCACGGUUUUUUUUCCUGAGGAAGGAAGACUGCGGAAAUCGGUUUUCUGUUGUGGGUUUUUGUCGUCUUCUACUUAUGAUUAUGUAUUCUAUCUAGAAAAAAGUUGUUGAGGCCCGAGGACUCAGAGCAUGUCCAGACUAAGGUACUACAUCAAGAGCCCUGAAGUAAUAGCGACUCACAUCUCCUCCACAUUUUCACUGUAUGUCUCAUCUCUGCAUGUGCAGUCGUUAGGUUUCGAUUGUGCCCAAAAUCUUAGAGUUGACAAGAUGACAAGGAUUGAUCGAUAUCCGCUGUUGCCGAGUGUAUGGGCGGCCGUCUACCCAAAUCCGAAAGAGGAAACAGCGUAUGAUACCACAAAAUCGUGUCCGAAGCCGCCACCUGCAGUGUCAUGCAGCGCAGCUGAUGUUUCCUCUAUUAUCGCAAAAAUGCAGAAUUCCGCUUCAGGUAUUGAUGAGUGAUGACAUUGAUAGAUUGAAUAUUCUAAUGGCGCUAAGUCAACUAAGAACUGCACAAGAACGGUCUUUAUUGCCGCCUCCUCGUCCUGGAAGUGCUCCGCUUAGCGGCUUUUGCCACUUGCUUCCUCUUGGUUUUUCUGUCUUUUGGUUUCGUUUCAUGUGAUUCCCCGCGCCCCUCCAGAGUCCACCGCACCAGCCUGCAAAUGUGUGCUGGGGGAUUCUGGAGGGGCGCGGGGAUUUGGAGGGUGCCCGAGGUUCUUGGCUCGCAACUGGGUGAGGGUUUUCCAGAAGGGAGCGCAGUAGGCGGCGAGCAUUCUGCGGAUUCGUGUCAUGCCCGGAAAGAUUGAAUUUUGUCCGGAUUUUUGCAGUCCUUAGUUGAAUUUUCUCCAAUAUAUAUGAAUAAAGAGCCCUUUCUUGUUCAAAGCGUAGAGACUAUCUGAAUACGUCGCAUGCAGCCAUAGUUUUCUUUACCAAAUGGUAAACCAAGGAAUAACAGACUUACUUCUUUUUCACUCCACACAUACAGGCCCAGCUUACGAUGCGAGUCUUUGCGCUCUGAAGCGAUGCGUUUGGUUGCAAACCAAAGGAGAGGACGCGGGAUGGGCUGCACUGCGACAGGAGUUGGGACCCCGAGGCACUGACUUCUCAACACUCUCGCAGAAGGAUCCCCGCGUCGACAAGUUGAGCUACGGAGCACCACCGAAUACCAUCUCGAAGUUCGGGCUUAAAGCUGCUUGAAAUGAACACUUUUCCUGAAAAAUGUAGAAGCGCCAGGUUCUCUUGCCAUGUCAGGACAGUAAUGAAUGGAAAAUCAUAAUUUUUUCUUGGCUUUUAUUUCCAUAGAGCCUAGCUGCAUCUGGCUGGCUGGUGCAAUACGCUCCACCACACGACUGAUGUGCGAGCAGAGUGGUUUUCAGUGUCUGCGUUACUGGUGUGAACGAUACUUGUUUACGCACCCAGCCCAUGGAGUUUUAAACGCAGAAGGGCGGCGCCACCGAUCGCGCGUCAUCACAUUAUCGUCCGAGGUUGAAAAGCCUGCGCUUGAGUUGAAGAGACACUCAACUGUUCCUGAUGAGGUCGGUAGCUUAAGGUUUCUAACAUCAGACUGCUCUUGGUCUAGUGGAUCUCCGGUGAUCAAGUGUCGGAGGUGUAGAAAAGGAUCUCCGCAAGUUCUGCAGUAGUCUACAGACUAGAUGUUGGAGGUUCGGAGAGAUCUUGUUGGAAACCAGUUCCCAAGAAAGGAUCCCAGUGUCGAAAUCUUCAAGGCUUAAAAGGCUAAUGAUGUUUUUUCGGAGAAGGAGAGUUUUUUCUCAAAGUCAUUGCUGUACCUCAUGACUGCGUCGGGUGUAACACGUUGUAUGAUUUUAUGUUGCCAUGCUAGGUAAGUCUAAGAACAGAACUGAACAUAAAAA